AUGGUUGAAUUAGAUGGUGGUGAAGGUGCUUUCAAGAGACCCGGGGCAGUGCCUUUUAACUGGGAGAUCCGACCCGGUAUACCCAAGGUCCGAACUAAACCCCAUGAUGGAACUUCCACUCUCCUUCAACCUCCCAAGAAACUUUCUUCUCUCCAACUAACAAAACUUCCAUCUUCUUCUCCCGCAGACUCUUCCUUUGCUCCUCCUCCAUCUUUAGGACCAUCACCAACUAUAUAUUGUCGAUGUUCAUCAGCUCGAGCAGCUACAUCACUCAUCUCUAGUGCUACUGCUUUGUGUCGGUUGAGUCUUUUCAAGUCAUUAUUUCGGUUCAAGAAGAAUAAGACCCGCGGCAAUGUGGCAAACACCGGUUUGGAUUCGAGGAAAACAUUGAAGUCUGACAUUUUCUAUGGCUCAGAGACAACAACGUUUUCGCCAUCGAAAUCAUCAUUAUUGUCAUCUUCUUUUCGUAUGAAUAUGAAACGUAAUGAAUCUGAUUUAAGCUCUUCUGAGAAAAAAAUCAUAUUAAUGAUGGAACGUGAGCGCGUGAAUGGGUUGUGGUAA